CCGCAAUUGUUGAUAUUGGCGGUUGGCGUUGGUGUUCUAUAUUUUUGUAGAAGGCUUUUUCAUUUUUGAGUAAUCAAAUGAUAGUGAAAAAUUAAGGAUAAACUCACCACAAUGUCUGCAAGACUGAAACACAUAGAAGUGGAAAACUUCAAAUCUUAUCGAGGCCGUAAAAUAAUCGGUCCUCUGAAACCCUUCAAUGCCGUUAUUGGUCCAAAUGGAUCAGGAAAGUCGAAUUUCAUGGAUGCCAUAAGUUUCGUUAUGGGUGAAAAGACCCAAAGUUUGCGGGUGAAGAGGUUGAGUGAUCUUAUUCAUGGAGCUGCCAUCAGUAGACCUGUUUCAAGAAGUGCUUCUGUUGCUGCGGUGUUUUUGCUUGAUGAUGGGAAAGAAAUUGCAUUCCAACGUUCUGUACAAGGGUCUUCUUCUGAGUAUAGAAUCAAUGGAAACGUUGUGUCCACCAAUGAAUAUCUCUCAGAACUGGAAAAAUUGAAGAUAAAUGUUAAAGCAAAAAAUUUUUUGGUUUUUCAAGGUGCAGUUGAAUCUGUUGCAAUGAAAAAUCCAAAAGAAAUGACAGCUCUUUUUGAAGAAAUCAGUGGAUCUGGAGCACUGAAAGAAGAAUAUGUGAGGCUGCAGCAAGAGAUGCAGAAAGCUCAAGAAGAAAUAAAUUUUGCCUAUCAAAAGAAGAAAGGAAUAAAUGCCGAAAAAAAAGAAGCUAGGCUUGAAAAAGAGGAAGCAGAUAAAUAUGCUAGACUAAAGGAUGAUUUGAAUGACAAACUAGUUGAACAUCAGUUAUUCAAACUAUUCCAUAAUGAAAGAGAAAUGAAAAACCUUGAACAAGACCUAAAAUCUAAACAAAAGGAAGUUGAUAAGAUAGAGAAGAAAAAAGAAAAACUUGAAGACACCCUAAAAGAAAAAAAGAAAGAGCACGGAAAGUACAAUAGAGAACUUGCCAAAAUAGAACAGGAUAUACGUGAGGUUGAGGUGGAGAUCUCCAAAAAAAAACCCCAGUUCAUCAAAGCCAAGGAGAGAGUUACUCAUAUGCAAAAAAAACUAGAUGGGGCAAUAAAGACUCUUGAACAGGCCAGAAAAGCUCAUGAAGCUCAUAUGAAUGACAUUAAAAAACUUGAGGAUGAAUUGGCUAGUGUUGAGGAUAAGAAGAAAGAUUAUGAAGCGAAGAUAGCUGGGGAGUCUCAGAGUCAAGGAAAAGAUGUUCAAUUAGAGGAUGCUCAGGUGAGAGAAUAUCAUAGACUGAAAGAAGAAGCAGCCAAACGAUCUGCUAGAUACAUGCAAGAACUGGACUCCGUUAAUAGGGAGCAAAAAGCAGACCAAGAUCGUUUGGAUAAUGUAUCUAGAAUGAGAACAGAUGCUGAAAACAAGCAUAGGCAGAAGCUUCACGAGAAAGAGGAAAUGGAGAAGCGAAUUGAGAAAUUAGCCGAGCACAUAAAAUCAAGUGAACAGGCUCUUCAAGAUCAAAGACAAUUGAGGGAAGAUUUGCAGUCUGAUGUUGGUUCUUCCAAGCACCGUGUCCAUGAAAUUCAAAAACAAUUGGAUGAUGUUGCAGAGCAACUGGGAGAUGCUAGAACUGAUAAGCACGAAGAUGCCAGAAGAAAGAAAAAACAAGAGAUAGUUGAGAGAUUCAAGAGUAAUUAUCCCGGAGUUUACGAUAGAAUGAUCAACAUGUGUCAUCCAAUCCACAAACGGUAUAAUGUAGCCAUUACCAAAAACCUUGGAAAGUAUAUGGAUGCCAUUGUUGUCGACACUGAACACACUGGAAGGCAGUGCAUUAAAUAUCUCAAAGAACAAAUGCUGGAGCCUGAAACCUUCCUACCUCUUGAUUAUCUUCAGGUAAAACCAGUCAAGGAGAGGUUAAGAAGCAUAACUGAACCUAAGGGUGUGAAAUUAAUAUUCGAUGUACUUCAAUUUGAGCCCCAAGCCAUAGCAAAAGCAGUGAUGUUUGCUACAAAUAAUGCCUUAGUUUGUGAAACCCCUGAAGAUGCCAUGAAAGUUGCAUAUGAACUUGGUGGUAGAUUAGAUGCAGUUGCUUUAGAUGGAACAUACUACCAGAAAUCUGGAAUUAUUUCUGGUGGUAGUCUGGAUCUUGCCAGGAAAGCCAAAAGAUGGGACGAAAAACAUAUGGCUCAGCUCAAAGCUCAAAAGGAAAAAUUAACUGACGAACUAAGAGAAUCAAUGAAAAAAUCUCGAAAGGAAUCUGAACUAAAUACGGUUGAUUCCCAAAUAAGAGGUUUGGAAACCAGGUUGAGAUAUGCUAAAACUGAUAUGGAAAGUACUAAAAAACAAAUAAACAUAGUAGAGCGUGAGUUAGGUCGCCUCAAUGAAGAUAUGAAAAAGUAUGGACCUCAAAUCGAGCUCAUAGAAAAAAGCAUGCAAACACGUGAACAACAAAUUGAAGAGAUCAAGUUAAAAAUGAACUGCCUUGAGGAUGAUGUUUUCUCUGACUUUUGCAGAGAAAUUGGAGUUCGUAACAUAAGACAGUAUGAAGACAGAGAACUUCGGGCUCAAGAAGAAAGGAAGAAGAAGAGACUGGAAUUUGAAAAACAAAUUAAUAGAAUUUCCAGUAAUUUGGAUUUUGAACGAAGCCGAGAUACUCAAAACAAUGUGAGUCGUUGGGAACGCACUGUCAAUGAUGAGGAGGAAAAACUGGAAACAUGCAAGAAACAGGAGUCAAAACAGAGAGAUGAAAUCGACAAAGAUUUGCAGCAAGUAGAGCAGUUGAAAGCUUUGAAAUUGAACAAGAAACAGGAAGUAGAAGCUGCUGAAGAAGAAGUUGGCAAAGCCCGAAGAGAAGUUGGAUCUGUUGCAAAGGAUGUGCAGGCUGCUCAGAAAUCAACGGUUUCCCUUGAAGGCAAGAUUGAGAGUAAGAAAAGUGAAAGGCAUACUAUUCUUAUGCAGUGCAAGAUGGAUGAUAUAGCCAUACCUAUGAUAGUUGGUAAUAUGGAAGAUAUUGCUGCAGGUGACCCUUCCCAAUCUUCUUCGGGAGCAGAUACUAAUAGCACCAUUCAUCAGUAUGAAAAAGAGGCAAGAAUAAAAAUUGAUUAUGAAAGUUUAUCAGAUAAUCUGAAAGAUCUCGAAGAAAAAGAUGAAAUCAAAAAGAUGGCUGACAAGCUCAUGAAAUCCAUUCAUAACCUACAAGACACACUCACCAAGAUUCAGGCACCUAACAUGAAAGCCAUAGAAAAACUUCAGUUGGCUUGUGGAAAAUUACAAUCCACCAAUGAAGAAUUCCAAAAACUCCAGAAGCAGAACAAUAAAUCAAAGGCUGCUUUCGAAAGAAUCAAACAACAAAGAUAUGAGCGCUUUACAAAAUGUUUUGAUCACGUUUCUAAUGAAAUUGACAACAUAUACAAGGCAUUGGCUCAAAAUCAGUCUGCUCAGGCAUUCUUGGGUGCCGAAAAUCCCGAAGAACCCUAUUUGGAUGGAAUAAACUACAACUGUGUAGCUCCAGGAAAACGUUUCCAGCCAAUGUCUAAUUUGUCAGGAGGGGAAAAGACUGUAGCUGCACUAGCUUUACUGUUUGCCAUCCACAGUUAUCAACCUGCUCCAUUUUUUGUGCUGGACGAGGUGGAUGCAGCUUUAGAUAACACAAAUAUUGGCAAAGUGGCGAAAUAUAUCAGAGAGAAGACAGAGUCUUUACAAACAAUUGUUAUUUCUUUAAAAGAGGAGUUUUAUUCACAUGCCGAUGCACUAAUAGGGAUUUGCCCUGAGAUAAAGCCUGCUGACUGCCUCAUUAGUCAAGUACUCACUUUCGAUUUGACCAACUAUGAACAAUUUUAACCAGGAAAAAAGAAAACUUUGUUUUGUAUAAAAUAAUGUUUUUCGAACAUAUUCCUAAGGAUAUUGUUUUUUUCUUUAAAGGUUAUUCUAUAUUUUGUAGUUUUAUGUAUGAGUAUUUGAAAUCAAAUGUAAAUUUUUCAUUAAUGUUAAAUAAAUGUUUUGUAUUUUUUCAUAUCGACCAGGUUCGGGGUGAAUUAAAUUGGUUCUGGAAUAA